GAUGUUAGCAUCCAUCCCCAUACCAGGAAGUGUUCACUUCGAGGUGGAUGGAGAUGGGCGUCAACUUUGGCCUCUUCGCUCUGCUAAUCCUGAGCUGCUGCUCGUUCACCACGAUCGAAGGCCUUGCACGAUCAGGGUGGACCAAGGGCUCCGCCACGUUUUACGGUGGCAGUGAUGCGUCGGGAACAAUGGGUGGAGCUUGUGGCUACGGCGACCUGUACUCGGCGGGGUACGGCACCAGGACCGCCGCCCUGAGCACGGCGCUGUUCAACGACGGCGCGGCGUGCGGGCAAUGCUACAAGAUCGUCUGCGACUUCAAGACGGAUCCGCGGUGGUGCGUUAGGGGCGUGUCGGUGACCGUCACCGCCACCAACUUCUGCCCCCCCAACAACGCGCUCCCCAACGACAACGGCGGGUGGUGCAACACCCCUCGCCAGCACUUCGACAUGGCCCAGCCGGCGUGGGAGAAGAUCGGCAUCUACCGCGGCGGGAUCGUGCCGGUGCUGUUCCAGAGGGUUCCAUGCAAGAAGCAUGGAGGGGUGAGGUUCACCAUCAACGGGCGGGACUACUUCGAGCUGGUGCUCGUCACCAACGUCGCAGCAGCCGGAUCGAUCCAGUCCAUGUCCAUCAAGGGAUCCAAUACGGGGUGGCAGCCGAUGUCGAGGAACUGGGGAGCCAACUGGCAGUCCACCGCCUACCUGAAUGGACAGUCCAUCUCCUUCAAGGUGACAACCAGCGACGGCCAGACGUUGGUCUUCCCUGACAUCGUCUCUUCCAACUGGGGUUUUGGCCAGACCUUCUCCAGCCGCCUGCAGUUCAAGUAGAAUCAGCUCUCGUGAUGCAUGCGAUUGAUGGAGAGUUAGGGUUGGCUGAGGCUUGCUGAAUGUGGUUGCUAGGGUUUGCCCGCCAUUCUGCCAGGGGAUGAGAUGAAGCUUAUAUCAUCUCAAUUACGUACAUGGGCAUGAAGGUUUUUAAGCAUGCCUGUAUCCUUCAUUUAUGAUACAUGAGAUGGAUGUGCACAAGUGCAUAGUAAUCGACAUGUGUGUUCUUUGUCUGUGUUUGAAGACAGUA